UUAGGACUUGGCUAACUUGAACUGCGAUAGUCUCGACCGUUCCAUCUUUUGACCGAACUAGCGACCGCCUUCAGUGUACUCCAAAUUUUUGUGUGUGACUGAGAAUUUAUUUUUUAUGCUAACAAAUGUGUGAGUUCAUGCACGCAUUCUUUUGCGGUAAGCUGUGGGUAAAAUAGUACCCGGCCGUGGAAUGAGUGCGCGCUUUAAGAGGAUUCGCACCUCGUGAGAAAGUCGGCCUAUUCGGCGAGCCUCGCGGAUAACCAUGAAUCUGCAAACUCUGUUUCAAGACUUCAACCCGAGCAAAUUUCUUGUCCAUUCAUGCCUCAUGGUAUUUACUUCAUUGUUCGCUUUACGACUAGAUGGGUUCAUAGAAUGGAGUUAUUGGUCGGUAUUCAGCCCUAUAUGGUUCUGGAAGGGCAUGGUUAUUUUGGGUGCUACGGUUGGAAGUUACGUGUGGUGGAGGCAUCCCCACGCAAGAUUAGAAGGAGAGGCUUAUGUACAUUAUAAAGCAAUGCUGAUUACUUUAGCAUUGCACCUGAUAUUGUUGAUGUUUGAAUUACUAGUUUGUGACAAACUGGAGUCGGAAAGACAUUUAUGGAUACUUGUAUUUAUACCGUUGAUUUUUAUCUCUAUUGUAUCUAUAGCUGUAUGCAUUUGGGCUGUGAAACAUGACCGCUCGUUCGAAUUAGAAUUAUUUUGUGCGGUUAACGUGUUACAGUUCAUUUUUUUAGCAUUAAGAUUGGAUGGUUUUAUUACCUGGAGUUGGGAGGUUGUAUUCGUGCCUCUAUGGGCCUUACUGUGUUUAUCGCUUGUUGCGGUACUGUAUGCUAUAGUAUUCGCAGCUGUUUUACUAAGAACCCCUCAAAUUAAUGCGAGACAAAGACGAACUUCUUUGAAUUCUGCUCUAGCAUACACAUUUUUAGUAGUUCCCAUUUUAAUAUUUCAAGUGCUGCUAGCCAACAAGCUUGAUGAAGAUAUAUCUCUAAACUACACAACAGUAGCGGCUCCAUUAUUACUAUCUCACAUUACGCUUAUUUUAAUGUCAUUUGGUGCUAAGGGAGGAAACAGAUGGUGGUUUGGAAUCAGAAAAGACUUUUGUCAUUUUCUUCUUGGGCUGUGCCCAUUACUCCAAGAAUAUGGUAAUAUCUCUUAUCAGUCCAGAAGUGACCACGAUCAGCCACCAUCGGAGCCUAUGGUCUCUGAAAAGAACGAGAAGCACAUUAAAAAGAUUGACCUAACGAAACCUGUUGUGCCUAUAAUUUCGAUAGACAUGCCUGACUGAUCGUUUUGGCUGAGUGGAAUUGUUGCUGUAUAAAAUUGUAAAGAAACAACAUUCAUACUGCAACGGUAUCGAGACCUACAGUAAUGAGACAGAUCUUGCAAUGAGUUGAUUGUUUAAUAAUUCAGUAUCCAUUGACUUGUCAGUGAACAAGCAUGUUAAAACACUCUGAGAGUAGAUGUUUGGCAAAUAACAGUUUGCCAUGUAACUCAAGCUACCUAUUAUAGCAGAAAACAGAUCUUAACUACGAAAGUGCUGGUGACGCCGAGGUCAAUGUAUUUCUACAUUGCAAGGUCAAUGUUGAUACAACUCAGUCGUUAUUAUGUUAGAAUUGUUGUUUGAGAGAGAAAGGUGCAUAAGUAACUGCAAAUUUUCUAAGAAACUCAUGACUAUUACUCUCAGUUAACUAGCUCAAAAGAAAAUAUUCAGUGAUGUUACGUAGUUUAAUGUCCUGUCAAGUCAGGAUAUUUCAACUACUUAACUCACAUUUAGGUUAAGUUAACCAAUCCGUCCAUUUAAUUUCAAUCAUCGCGCUUUCUGACGAUUCUAUAUAAAAUAUCAGUCAUAUUUUUAAAUCGCUACAAUAAUCGCUAUAUGUGUAACGAUUAUAAUUUUCCAACUCAAUUUACAAUCUGACAUUUAAUACACAUGUUUAAUAUUUGUUACUUACUAUUUUGUGUAUAUUUAUUUAUGACUACAUCAAUAUACAAGACAUUAUUCUUAUUAAUAAUUCGGCAUUAUUUGGGCUAAAACGUGUGUGCGAUUUAAAUCUCAUGUUACUCUGGGAAACAUUUAAAUUGAGCUUAACAUAUCACCGAGUGAUUUGAAACUGCAUACAAUCAUAACUUUUUAUAAAGGUAAAUGUCUCGACUUUGAUCGUCAAAAAGCGUGUGCGAUUUACUGCUACACCUUCGCUUUAUUAUAAUGCAAUAUUAGAAUUGCUAAUGUGUUAUUGAAGACGGUAAAGCCAUAACUCAGUUGGGAUAGUUAAAAGAUUAUAGUAAAAAUAAGAUAAAAUUAAAUUUGUUACUUUCUUUUGUUACGUAUUACAUUUGUAUGAUAAAAUACUUCCUUCUAUUAUAUGAUGUCAGUGCUAGUGGGGACAGAUUUCCAAGCAACUAUUUAGCGCAUACAAGUUGCUCUUUGAGAAUCGGAAUACAAGAUUUAUUUAAAUGACUGUCCCUACUGAAUUAAGACAUUACCACGAGGUGCUAGGCUUCUCACGUGAUUGAUAUGAUGAAUACUAACAGAUUUAACUCUACAGUCGCGCUACUUUUCAAGUGCUUUACAUAGUCACAAAGGCUAACCAGAAUAACAUGUAAUCUCCUAUAAGUGCAAUUCUACAGUCUCAACUACUUGAUGUACAAUCUACUUACAUGAACUUACAAUUUACUGCGUAUUAAUCGCAACAGGACAUCAUGUGUAAGAAGUCGUAUUCGAUACACGUAGUCAAGUUCCAACGACACGUGCCAUAAUAUGUAUAAUUUGUAAAAUAAUGUUUCUUUAACGUAGUUUGAUUAUUUAGCAACUGAUUCUAGUGGUUUCAUUGUACAUGUAAGACACUGAAAUGAGUGAAAAUCAAUUAUUUCUUUGUCGUCAUUUUAUUUGCAAGCUAUGCAGUAUUUGGUUUAAAGUACAGCCUCGACAUUUGACAAGCGUUAAUUUGGUCAGCCUUAUUAAGCAGAAAGAUUGGACGGAUUGGCUAAGAUACAAGACUGACUGCCUCGCAUCUAUAAACUAGUAUUACUAAGGAGUAAAAAAAGAAAAGAAAAAUGAAAGAGAGAGGCCAAUGGAGUUUAGGAAAUUGUAAUUUAUUGUAGAACCAUUGCUGUUGAAGUUGCUAAAAACGUAGCGCCAAAUGCCCACUCAUAUAUUAUGUUGUAUAAUAGAAUCGGUGUAUAGAUCACGUUGUAAUAUAGUAAUCCGGUAUACAUUUAUUAUUAUAUAUUAUACAUAUCUAUCAAUAAUGACGGUUGAUUAAUAGUUAGUGAUAUUAUUUUAUUUUAUAUACAUUACACCUAGGGAAACCUAUUAUAAUCCAAUAAAGUUUAUAUUUUUUGGUA